GCACAGGAGAUGCCAGGUUAGGAGUGCUUGGACACACGGACACGCGGACGCACAGACGCCCAGGGCUCAGGGCCCUCGCAUGGACACUGCCCCCUCCCCGACCACCGUCCAGUGCUGUCCACGCACCCCAGUUCUCCAGGCUUUUAGUCCCCUCCUUAGCUGGGAUCUGCCCAGCACUGAGGGACCCAGGAGUCAGACCUUGAGACUUUCCACAACCUCGGCCUUUUCGUGGUCCCAGGGCCAGCCCCAGACCGAUCAUGACGAAGGAAUAUCAAGAUCUUCAGCAUCUGGACAAUGAGGAGGGUGACCACUACCAGCUGAGGAAAGGGCCGCCCCCGCCGCAGCCCCUCUUCCGGCGCCUCUGCUCCGGGCCCCUCCUCCUCCUGCUCGCCCUGGGCCUCAGCCUCCUGCUGCUGGUGGUUCUCUGCGUCAUCGGAUCCCAGAACUCCCAGCUGCGGGGAGAGCUGCGCUCCCUAAGAGAGACUUUCCGCAACUUCUCAGACAGCGCCGAGGCCGACGUCAAGGAGCUGAGCACGCAGGGAGGUGGUGUGGGCAGAAAGAUGAAGGCCCUGGAAUCCCAGCUGGAGAAACAGCAGAAGGAGCUCAGUGAAGAUCACUCCAGCUUGCUGCUCCACGUGAAGCAGUUUGUGUCUGACCUGCGUAGCCUGAACUGUCAGAUGGCCGUCCUACAGGGCAACAGCACUGAAAAGCCCUGCUGCCCAGUUAACUGGGUGGAGCUGGAAGGCAGCUGCUACUGGUUCUCUCGCUCCGGGAAGCCCUGGGCCGAGGCGGACAAGUACUGCCAGCUGGAGAACGCCCACCUGGUGGUCAUCACCUCCUGGGAGGAACAGAGAUUCCUCCAUCAUCACAUAGGCCCUGUGAACACCUGGAUGGGCCUCACCGACCACUCUGGGUCCUGGAAGUGGGUGGAUGGCACGGACUACGAGACGGGCUUCAAGAACUGGAGACCAGAGCAGCCGGACGACUGGUACGGGCAUGGGCUCGGGGGCGGCGAGGACUGCGCCCACUUCACUGACGACGGCCGCUGGAACGACGACGUCUGCCGGAGGCCCUACCGCUGGGUCUGCGAGACAGAGCUGGGCAAGGCCAGCUAGGAGCGCCUCGACCCCUAAUUUAUUCCCUCAAUGUCUUGACCUGCCAAAGGGGUCCGCGAUUGGGAGUCCUCCUAUCUGGGGGCCUCCUCCACCUUCUCAGAGAUUUUCUUCUAGGAUUUUAAGGGAAGGGGGAAGGAUGGUGUCUGAGGAGUGUAGAAUAAUGUUUGGAGGUGUCGGGAGCUUGGAACCCAGGCCAUGUUCUGCAAUUUGCUAUAAAGAUUAUUAUUGCCAACUUUUUUUUUUUUAGAGUAAAAGGAAGAGAUAUGUAC